AUGACGACGAUGAUCUCCAAUCUUCCAAGGGUUUUGAUAGAGGAGAUCUUCUGUAGGGUUCCUUUGAAAUCUUUGAGAGCAGUGAGACUUACUUGCAAAAGUUGGAACACUCUAUCCAAAAGUAGGAGCUUUAGGAAGUUGUACAUUGGUAAAAGAGCAACAAGAGAAGAGGAGUCUAUGAUGAUCGCGAUGAUGAAUUUCGAUCUUCAUUCAAUGAGGUUAGUCGUCGACGACGUUGAUCCAUCAAUAAAGUUUAAACGUAAACCUAGUCGUCUCUUUGACAAACAAGUCAAGAUAUCUCAAGUCUUUCACUGUGAGGGUUUAUUGUUAUGCAUCUUCAAAGACGACGAUAGUAAGUUUGUGGUUUGGAAUCCGUAUAGCGGGAAAACAAGGUGGAUCGAACCAAGAUACUCUCAUCGUCCAAAGGGAUGGGACAGGGCCGACAGGUUCAGUUAUGCUCUUGGAUACGAGAAUAAGAAAUUUUGUUCUGGCGUUAAAUUCUUGAGGUUUAUAGAUUAUUUCAACAAAGCACCCGAAAACCAAUUUUUUUGGUAUGAGAUAUACGAUUUUGACUCUGAUUCAUGGACAAGUCUUGAUGUCACUCCAAAUUGGUGCAUAAUUGAGUUUGAGAUAUGGAUUACGACUAAGAUUGAUGUCGAAAUGGUGUCGUGGAGCAAGUUCUUGAGAAUGGAGACGGGGACUAGGCUACAUGAUCUCCCACAUAUAUAUGAAGGUUUCUUCAUCGACGAGGAGAAGAAACUCGCCAUGGGUUUUGAAGAUGAGUAUUAUCGCAGAACAUUUGUCAUCAUUGGAGAGGCUGGAUACGUACGAAAAUUUGAUAUCGGGGUAGAUGUAGACAGAGAAUGUUGGCCACAUGGGUGCGGCUCUUACGUGCCAAGUUUGGUCCGAAUCAAGAAACCUGCACGAGGCAAGAGGAAAAGACAAAGCAGUUUAGAAAAGCGUCGGUUUGAUCAAAACAAGUCGAGACUUGAAGCAUUUGAAAAGUUAGGAGUCUAG